AUGGCCAUGGAAGUAGAUAUACAAAAGUUAAAGAAAAUUCGCGGAACAACCAGAAGAUACGCCUCAAAAAUCCAGAAGGAAGCGAUAGAACUGAUGAAAGACUUUGAUCCGGAUUCAAAAACGAAUAAACUGAAAAGCUUGAAAGAGUCGAUCUUGGAAAGACUAGAUACGCUGAGAGAUUUGGACGAAAAAAUUUUACUAGAAGCGCACGAUGAAGAAAUCGACAAUGAGGUGACGGAAGCCGCUGCAUUUAGAGACGGUAUGAAAGAAACUGUAAUCGAAAUCGACUACAUUUUAGCAGAAGAUAACGAUGGGACAAGUACAAAAUCUAGUACAGCGAGCAAAAGAAACAACAGGGCACAAGUAAAACUACAGCCUAUAAAGCUUAGAGAAUUUUCGGGAAACCCAAAGGAAUGGCAACAAUUUUGGGAUGGAUUCAGCUCUGCCGUUCAUGAGAACGAUGACGUUGCAACAAUCAACAAAUUUCACUAUUUAGUCGGAUUGUUGAAGGGAGAGGCUGCCGAGGCCCUGACUGGAUUGCCUGUGGUAAUGUCGAACUAUUUGGAAGCAAUUUCCAUAUUGAAAGCAAGAUACGGACAAAAGCAAAUCAUUAUAAACAGCCACAUGGAAGCACUGAUGAAGUUACCAUCUUGCUCGGAUUCAACUGAUGUACAUGGAUUACGCAAACUAUAUGAUUCGAUAGAGGCAAAUAUUAGAGGGCUACAAAGCCUUGGGAUUAAUAGUGCACAGUAUGGAGCUCUUCUUAUUCCCGUAUUACAACAAAAACUGCCGUCAGAUUUGCAAGUGGAAAUAAGCCGUAAAAUCGGAAAUGAGGAAUGGAAUCUCGCAAUACUACUUGACAUUUUAAAAGUAGAAUUAGAGGCACGCGAGAGAUGCAAAAACCUGGCAGGUUACGAUGGAAGUACUGCACUAAGCAUCAUGAAGAAGGCGUCCAAAUGGAUACCCACGGCUAGUGCUCUGGUAAACGAAACACAAAGUGGAACAGUUCAGUGUACGUUUUGCAAAGGAAGGCAUAAAACCAACGACUGUAAAGUCAUUACAAAUCGUACAGCAAGAAUGAGCAUUCUACGCAAAGAAGGGAGAUGUUUCAUUUGCCUGAGGAAGGGUCACUUGGCAUUUAAUUGUGUGUCAAAAAACCUUUGCUAUAAUUGUAAUGGAAGACACCACAUUAGUCUUUGCCAAAAAGGGAAACAGCAAACAAAACCGAUGAAAUCGCAAGAAACGGAAUCCGGAACUCAUAGAGAAGAAACAACCAACUGUUUUGUGGAAUCAAAGCCUUCGAUAUUGCUGCAAACUGCUCAAGCAGAAGUUUACAAUCCUGCAAACCCGGGAAGGAAAAUUAUUGCAAGAAUCAUCUAUGAUUCUGGAAGUCAUCGAAGUUAUAUAACGGAAAGGCUUCGAAAUUACUUGAAGCUGCCAGCUGUUGCGGAGGAGCAUUUAAAGAACACAGAAAUUGACAAGAUUGCUGGUAUGACAUCAUGGGUGGACAAAAUCAAAGAAAAACGAAGAAGAUGGACGGGUCACAUGCUGAGACUAGAUGAUGAAACACCUGUAAAGAAGGCUUUAAGAGAAGCUAGAAGACCUGGAAAAGCCCAUAGGGGAAGAAAAAAGUACAUAUGGAUAACACAAACAAUGACCAAAGACUUUAAAGAUAUGCAGUUAGAUGGAUGGAAUGAAGCUGAAAGAGCGGUGCAGGAUCGAGUGUUGUGGCGAAGAACAGUCAAACGAAGCCUGAGAAACUAA